UACAGCACUGUAUUUGACGGGCUAUUGGAUUGGUGAUGUGGUUAUAAAUGAAUCUACAUUUGCAAAAGGAAUAAGUUUUUUGUUUUUAAUAUUAAAUAUUAAAGAAAUAUAUAAUUUAACUACAAAUUAACAACAACAUCUGCUGUAGCGGCUAGACAAUAUGUAUAACAAUCCGAAUGCUGGCAUAAGGAAUCGUAAGUGGGAAAAUUCUUCUGGCCCGGGACGUAAAAUUAAACAUGUUCGAGAUGUUAAUGCUAUGGGACCGGCAGCUCCCAUGGCCAGUUCCUCUCCAUACUUGCAACCGACAAACGGACCAACUGUCCUGGAUCCAAUGCUAGGUGGCAAUGCUGCUCCCAGUGGCUUUGGCAUGCCUCAACACCAAUCUCCCCAACCAAUGGGUGGUGGUGGCUUCAACAAUGGAGGUAUGUCCAUGCCCAAUCAAAAUUAUGGUUAUUCUGCCCCAUCACCACAACCGCAACAAUACAGUUCUGUUCCCGGAGGACAGCCACAACAGCAACCAUUUGGCGGCGGCGUUGGACCACAACAACAACAGACAGGAGUAGCUGGAGGGCCACCUGGACAGUUUCCCCAGUUUGCCAUGUUUCAACAGCCAAUUGUACAAGAUAUGGCCAUGCAAUAUGGUCAACGACUGGCCGAUCAGGGCAAGCAGUUGGUGGAGAAUCAAUUUACUAAAUGGGUACCAGUUGCCAAAUUGAAAUACUAUUUUUCAGUCGACAACAAUUAUGUGAUCAACAAAUUGAGGUUGUUAUUCUUCCCAUUCACACAUAAGGAUUGGUCCCUCAAAUACGAUCAAGAGCAACCUGUACAGCCCAGAUAUGACAUCAAUGCUCCAGACUUGUAUAUACCCACCAUGGCUUUUAUAACAUUUGUCGUUGUGGCCGGUCUCAUGUUGGGUCUUCAAAAACGUUUCUCGCCCGAAGCCCUCAGUAUACAAGCCUCCAGUGCUUUGGCCUAUUGUAUUUUUGAAUUGGUGGUAUAUACAAUCACACUGUAUGUGGUCAACAUCAAAACGAAUCUAAAAACAUUGGACUUAAUGGCGUUUGCCGGAUAUAAGUUUGUCACAAUAACAGCAUGUCUAUUGGUGAGCACAAUGUUCCAUGGUUUUGGAUAUUAUUUGGCAUUGGCAUACUGUAGUUUAUCGUUGGGAUUCUUUUUGUUACGUACUUUGAAAACCAAAGUCCUACACGAAACCUCACCAGCAGCUGCUACAGGAGCCAUUAACUACGAUCCCUAUGGUAAUCCCCAACAGUUGGAUUACACUGGUGGCAGAAAACGAAAAUUAUAUUUCCUUUUCUUAGUUGUUGGAGGGCAAGCCUUUUUGUCCUUUUUAUUGUCGAAACAUUUAUAUUUCCCCGAUGCGGCCACCUUAGAAGCUAGAAAUCUACAAUUUUAAGUGAAUACUCUUAUUUGUUUUCUAUUCUGUGCAUAAAAACAACAACUAUUUUUAGUUUAAUUUUCCACAAGAAAAAAUAAAGCUAAAAUAUGAACCAUACUAUCACGUUUCCUUAUGUAAACAUAACAUUCGUUGCUGUUCCAUGAUAAUGAUAAUAUCAACAACAUGUGGUUGAAUAUUUCUGAUGGUUGUCACCCUCGAACACGAUGUCACCCACAUAACAAUUUUAUUUUAAAUACGCCUUGAUUGAUAAUUACGUUUUCCUUUAAUUUUAUAUUACAAAAAAGGGAUCAUACUUAAAUCUGUUUAUUUUACAGAUCUAUUCUUUUUUUUUUUUUUGGUGUUGUAAUAUACAUAGAUUAUCAAUUUUAAUUUGAGACUCUCCAAUUUAGUUUAUAAUUGCAUAAUAUGUAUAUUUUCUUAAAACAUUUUUUGUUAAUUCGAAAACAUAAAAUCAUACUUUUUAUAAAGAAAAAAAAUGAGAAUAACAAUAAAAAUAACAUUAUGAACGAAAUGUA